ACUUGUAUUCAGCAUACCUGCCGUUCGUAUAAAUACUUCUCUUGCUUUCAGUCUAGCUCUAUACUGCUUGCGUUUUCUUUUGAAGGCGUUUGCUUCCUUCUCUGCUGGUGAUGUCUGGACGUGGAAAGCAGGGUGGCAAGGCUCGCGCCAAGGCCAAGACGCGCUCGUCGCGGGCCGGGCUGCAGUUCCCGGUUGGCCGCGUGCACCGCCUGCUCCGCAAGGGCAAUUACUCGGAGCGGGUCGGGGCCGGCGCGCCGGUGUACCUGGCGGCCGUGCUGGAGUACCUGACGGCCGAGAUCCUGGAGCUGGCGGGCAACGCGGCCCGCGACAACAAGAAGACGCGCAUCAUCCCGCGCCACCUGCAGCUGGCCAUCCGCAACGACGAGGAGCUCAACAAGCUCCUGGGCCGCGUGACCAUCGCGCAGGGCGGCGUCCUGCCCAACAUCCAGGCCGUGCUGCUGCCCAAGAAGACCGAGAGCCACCACAAGGCCAAGGGCAAAUAAGCUGAUGACUUUUUUUUACACAGGCUUUUUUCCUGGUCAAGAGAAAGUCCGCUUAGCUACUUAAAAAGGCUCUUUUAAGAGCCACCCACAGUUUCCUUUGAAAGAGCUGUGCUUUGAACUAUUAGCGUUUAAAAACAUGGGAGGUGAAAUGUCACAAUUACCCCUGGAAGGCUUUGCCCCCACAGAAAUGCUUUCACAGUUUUGAGGCUAAAGCAACACGGGAAAAUAGUGUAAACGUUGCUAACCCCAUUGACCGUGUUUAACCGUGUAGGGCGCAUUUUUAGUCCAGCAAAAAAGGGCAUUGCUAUAUUCCACAGAUGAAGUUUGAAAGUUUUUCGCAACGACAGUAGCUUGGAGAAGGAAAUAGUGAAAGUCGCUAGAUUCUUAAGAUUCUUCAUUUUAUGGAACACAUCCAUUAAAAUCCCAGUUUGUGAAGGCAUGUUUGCUGAAGCAGUGAGGCUAAGUCCUAGUUCCUUGAUAAUUCAUGCUUGCAAACAAGGACCAUUUUACUAACUCUCCACAAUAUUUGUGCCACGCCCAAGAAAAUUCUGAAUUUCAUUUUAGAGGCAGCCCAUGUAUUUACCUAAACACCUGCAGAAUAUCUUGAUGGUUUCUCUCUGAAAACAACAAAACAUCCAUUGGAAGUCCCUAUGUGGCUUUGCAUGAUUACCUUACUUUACACUUUAAAAUAUCUGCAGCUUUCUGUGCAAGAUUUUUGUUCACAGUGGACACAGGAACGAAAGGGUAAAUAAAUGACGUCAGAGUAACCACAUUUAAGGGCGGGGCUUAAGAUUCACUCACCAACCUGAAAGCAACUCUUAAUCCGGGCUCCCCGCACGGAGCUGGACCAAUCCGAGGAGGGCGCGGGAACUUUUGAAUGCUCUUGGGUCCAAUGGUUGGCGGUCCGGCUGUAUAA